AUGGAGAGCUUACAAAGCUCUCCUGUGAGGGCAAUUGAUUCUUGGAAGCUUGUCAGGUUCUCCAAGAAGGAGACCAAGGGGAACAAGAUGUUGCCUAGCAGCAUGAAAUUGCAGUUUACAAAAACUGGGAGGGUCUGGAGUGUAUUGAUGCAGAUGUCUGAAAGCAUCUCUAAGGAAGGAUAUAGAAACCACACCUCCGUGGCCAUGUUUGUCCUCUUGGGACUCACAAGUGAAAAAGAUCUGCAGCUCAUUCUCUUUCCUGUCUUCCUAGUGAUCUACCUGGUGACCCUAAUUUCAAACCUGGGUCUGAUCAUCCUAAUCAGAAUGGACUCUCAGCUGCACACACCUAUGUACUUUUUUCUCAGUUGCCUGUCAUGCCUGUCAUUCAUAGAUAUCUGCUAUUCGACUUCCAUUAGCCCAAGGAUGCUUUCAGAUUUAUUUAAGGAUAGAAAGACAAUUUCCUUUGUUUCAUGUGCUACUCAGUAUUCUGUGUUUGCUUGGAUGGGUCUGUCUGAGUGCUGCAUCUUAGCCACCAUGGCCUAUGACAGAUAUGUGGCCAUUGGUAACCCUCUGCAGUACACGACCAUUAUGAACCCUAACCUCUGUUGCAAAAUGGUUACUGCAACCCUUGGAAGUGGUUUGAUUGGUAGUUUAGUUGAAACAUUGACAUGCAUUAAUCUUUAUUACUGUGGUCCAAAUGUCAUUCGACAUUUCUUCUGUGACUUACCCCAGAUUGUUUCCUUGUCUUGCUCCAAUACCUUUGUUUGCCAAGUCAUGAUUUUUCUGGUGGCUCUGUUGUUUGGGUUUGGUUCUAUGCUCUUUAUCCUUUUAUCCUACGGUUUUAUUGCAGCUUCCAUCCUGAAAAUAUCCUCUGCUAAAGGCAGUCUCAAAGCCUUCAAUACCUGUGCCUCCCACCUGGCAGUUGUCACCCUCUUCUAUGGCACAUGUCUCUCUGUGUACAUGAGUCCUAAUUCUAAUCGUUCCAGGAGUCAGGACAAGGUUCUGUCAGUGUUCUAUGUUAAUAUUAUUCCCAUGUUGAAUCCUCUUAUCUAUAGUCUGAGGAACAAGGAGAUCAAAGAGGCUCUUAAAAAGGUGAUGAAGAGGACAAGAUUUUUAUCUCAAUAG